AUGAACAGUUUGUCUUUUUUUCUUCUCAUUUUUCCAUCAAUUCAAUGCCUUCGAGUGCUUCAAAUCGUGCCGGGUUUUACAAAUUCGCACGUUUUGUUCAAUUAUCGACUAGCCGAAACGCUAAGAUUUCUCGGCCAUGACGUCAAAAUGUGGACGCAAAUGGAAAUGGGAAUGCUGGAUACGGGUAAUAAUAGGUUGCCAGAAGGCGUUGAAGAGUACAGAAUCCCGAUUCAUUUCAAGGAUACAUUGAAAACUGAAGGGCUGAAGGUCUUCCAAUCGAUGAUGUUUUCCGCCGGCGACGUUCAUGAUUUGUGGUGGACCGGACAGGAAUUCAAGGAUAUGCGGGUUGAAGCUUGCGAGCAAAUGUUGGCUCAUGAUCAGAAGAUUUACGACGAGUUCAAACGCGACGGAUUCGACGUCGCCAUCGCGCAUUUCCACGAUUUGUGUCCGUUGGCGAUAGCGCAAAAAAUGGGCGUCGAUCGUGUGAUCUGGAUCACGCACGGAACAUCGAUCUACGAUUUUGCCGCCGUUCAAAUGGGUCUCCGCACGAUUCCGUCGUCAAUCCCGCAUCCACUAUCAUCGGCCGGCUUGUCUCAAGACUUUCUCGAUCGCGUUCAAAAUACCCUCUGGCACAUGCUUCUUCUCGAUUUUGUGAAUUUGCCUCAAAAUCUGUUGUACGAUGAGAACGAGUUCUACAAGAAGCUGAUAGGCGGCGACGAGCACGAGGACCUCUGGCAACUAUCGAAAACCCGCGUGAUUUGUUUGCUGAUCAACGGCAAUCGGAUGCUCGAUUUUCCGCGACCGCUUCCGCUUCACAUCGGCUUCGCCGGCGAGAUGGGAGUGGCGAAAAAAUCGGCGAACGUCGACGAAUGGCUUGACGCCAUCGUUUCGAGACCCACCGACGAUGGUUUGAUUGUGUUCUCACUGGGCACCGUGUCCAAUACGACGAAUAUGCCCGAGCAGAUGAUUACGUCGUUUCUCGGCGCUUUCAGCCGUUUGCCGAAUUACACAAUCCUCUGGCGAAUGGAGAAAACCGUGAAAGGCGUCGAGACGCUGAACAACGUGCAUUUGGUGAAGUGGCUUCCACAGAAUGAGAUAAUGCGACAUCCGCGAAUGAAGCUAUUGAUCGCGCACGGCGGCUACAAUUCGCUGCUCGAAACGGCGCAGGCCGGAAUUCCGGCGGUGCUGAUGCCGUUGUUCGCCGAUCAGAAGAUCAACGCGAAACGCGCUCAACGCUUCGGCAUCGCCACCGUGCUCGACAAACUCAAUUUGACGCCGGACAACGUGUUCGACGCGAUCGCGACGGCGUUGAAUCGACGCGAGUUUCGCGAGAACGCGCGAAAACUCUCGCGAAUGCUGAUGGACUCGCCGGCGGCGUCGUCGUCGUCGCCGCGUCGAUCAUUCACGGCUCUCGAGUACUCGUUGAAGUUGGCGACGUGCCGAAAACCGCAAUUGUUCACACUCGCCGCAUCGCAGCGUCUCUCGUUCGUCGAAUUCCACAAUAUCGAUUGGAUUCUCGCGAUUCUCGCCGUUUUUUGCAUAUUGUCGCACUAG